UAUUGUGACAUUCUGGCACUCUUGUUUAUUCUUAUGAAAAGUGUUGAAAACCUGGUUUCGUGGCAUUGACGCGUUUCUUGUUUCAAAUUAAAAUGGGUAUAUCUCCAUAACUAAUGAAGAUACUGAUCUGAAAUUUCAUUUAUGUCAACAGAUUUAUUUGGCAGAUCCUUCUCUGUUUACUUACAUUAUUUUUUUUUUAAUUACUUCCCUUUUACGUUACUAUAAAUAGCUUAUUUUUAGUAAAUUUUUUUUCUUUUUGGUUAAAUUUUUUCCCUUUGUUUUUCCUGUGCUUUGGACUUUGAUAUUUUUUCUGAGGACCUUAAUGUCCUCAAGUGCAAUGAUAACAGGUGAGCGAUAUAGGGCCAUGAUGUAUUCAUUCAAUUGACAAGGCUGUUGAAUAGUCGUUUUAGUUUCAAGUUAUAAGGUUUCACACAAUAGUUAUGUAUUAAAAAUAAAAAAUGAACAUUUUUUUGUACAUCCUUUGCAGUUGUUUUAUAUGUGCUAGCCCAAAUUCAGAAAUUUCAGUUUAAUUUACAUUAUCAUUAUGAACUGCUGUAUUUAACAUAACUUGCAUCUUCUCUUCUUUUCCCCUAGAUAACUGAGCCAGCUGAAAGUUUCACCUUGACCUUGAGUGAGGCCACCGGAGGAGCUUUAAUUGGUCAGAAUUCUACAUGUACUGUCAUCAUCAGAGAAAAUGACUAUCCUGUAUAUUUUCAAGAGCUAGCAUACGAAGUGGAGGAACCGUCACAGACGUCCAUUUUUGUUCGCCGUGAUGGACCUACAGACGAUGCUGUCACCCUGAAAUACCAGACUAUUGAUGGUACUGCCAGUAGUAUGUCCGGAGACUAUGAACCCAAAAUAGCAGGGCAAGUCACCUUUAAUACUGGAGAGGCUCAAAAAGAAAUACUAAUACGCGUCCUGGAUGAUUCUGUUGCAGAAGGACCUGAGACGUUUUACCUGCAAGUCUAUGAUAUCAUAGGUGAUGUGGUCUUCAACAGUACAAAUCAAGUCAACAUAACAAUUCUAGAUAAUGAUGAAGCUUACGGUAUCUUCCAUUUUGCUGCUCCAUUCUCACAGGAAGUGGAAGAAGGCAGCAGUGUAAAUUAUGCUAUAACAAGAGAUGGAGGAACAUUUGGUGGUGUUGAAGUUUUCUAUGAACUAUUCCAUACGCUCACAAAUGAGAAAGCGUACAAUGGUGGAGAUUUUGUGGUUGCCGAGGGUCUGAGUGAACGGUUUGAAAAAGGGGAGAGAACAAAGUAUAUCUCCCUUAGUCCACGCGAUGAUGAUGAACCAGAAAAUGAAAGAACGUACACCAUAUUGAUAACCAGAGUAGAGGUGUUUGAUGGUAGGACAGACGUUUCACUUGCAAGGAUCGCUGAUGUUGACACAUCAGCGACUAUUACAAUACUGGCCAGUGACAGCCCAAACGGGAAGUUUGGUUUCCCGGUAGAAUCACAGGCAGUGAGUAUAGCAGAAGAUUACUACCCUGGUAUGGCAAGCACUACCCAGGUCAGUUUGAAAGUGGAGCGACGGAUGGGAAUCUUUGGUACUGUGGAGGUGAUGUGGGAAGCAUAUUCUGACAGGGUUGCUGGGGGAUUGCCAAAAGUUUAUGACCUUAUUUUCCUGGGAACCAUCCCAUCCAGCUUAAUGCUGGUACCCAGUCUUCGGAGACCAGGAACUGGAACACAUGUUGUCUCAUUCUCAGGAAACUCAGCGGCCUUAAUUCUCAUUCACAACUUUUUGCAACCACCAAUGGAAGAAAUAGUGGAUGGAUUUAGUAUCAGUGCCUGGGUCCAGCCCUUUUCUUUAACAAAUGGCUACAUCAUGGCUAAGACAAACCCAGAUGGUUCCCGGCACUUCUAUACCCUCAGAAUGGCCACCAACAGUCUACAGACUAACCUUACUUUUGGAUAUUCCAUCACAGGGUCAAAUGAGAAUGCAUUUGAAUAUGUGACAUAUCAGCGUAACAUAGAGGACACUAUGUGGCAUCAUGUUGCUGUGACAGUGGAUCAGGAAACAAUCAACUUCUUUAUAGACGCAAUUAUCAUAGGCUCUCGACCUCUUGCCACUUUUCAGACCAUCAUAGAUAACUUUGGUAGUUUAACGGUCGGAGCCAAGUACCCAGGAAGCGAUCAGUUUAGCGGCUAUUUACAGGAUGUGAGAGUCUACAACAGGAAAUUUACUGAUGCUGAGAUUCUAGAGUUAUACAUGAUGCCAGCUGGUCUUGACAUCACCCCUAUCUCGGGGUAUAUCACAUACCCCACCGCUUCCCAAAACGGAAAUAUAGAUAUACAAUCUAUACAGGACAGCGAGGAGGAAAGUGACGAGAGAUUUACUGUUCGUCUGCUUGCAGCAAAGGGUGGAGCUUCACUUUCUCUCAGUGACAAUCUAGCCACUGUAACAGUGUUGAAAAGUGACAAUGCCAAUGGGUUGUUUUCUUUUCCUCAACAAUGUCAGCCUGCACUGCCAGCUACAGAAAGCACGAGCAUCACGUGCACAAUAGCUCGACAGCGUGGAGAUGAUGGUCAGGUGAUCGUAACAUGGGCAGUUUAUCAGUUGUUUUCUGGUCAGUUCACUCUAGCAUCGGAAGACUUUGUAGAAUAUACAGGACAAGUUGUGUUUGAAGCAGGUGAUAGAUCAGAGACAUUCAGUGUGCAGCUUAAGGCUGAUGGAAUCCCAGAACCUGAAGAGGUGUUUGAGAUAAGACUUGUUAAUGUUACCACAGAAGAUGGCACUGUGGGUACUACAAACAUAAGUGGGGCCAGCAUUGACACGACCUUGCGCAGCUCAGUGGUCACGAUGAGAGAAAAUGACUUCCUAAAUGGAUUGUUGCAGUUCUCGACAUCUCUGAUACCUCCAAGGCCAGAAGAUCCCUUCAUACCACCAGCGCAGGAACGACCUACCGUAAGAGUAGCCGAGGAGGCUGGGAUAGUUCGCCUCCUAGUGGUGAGAGCACAGGGCUAUCAAGGGGAGGUAACUGUUGAGUGGAAGACAACUGAUGGUACUGCUAAAAGCUUUGGAAAAACACCUCCAGAUUAUUCUGUGAGCAUACAUUUACUUUGUUACAAUUAG